AAUAAAGUCGUAAUAAGAUGAGAAUGAAUUCAUAAUAAUAUGACUUUAUUCACGUAAUUAUUUUUAUUUUCUAAGCGUAGCCCCAGUACUCCCAGUACUCCCAGUACUCUGUCGGAACUAUGAAGCCUCGGUGUUCAUCGCUGCAAUGCAACAGUGCCAUCUAUGGAGCUGCAGCCCCGUUCUGCAUGCAUCACGUUGCAGCCUGUGUGCGUCCAGACGCCGCCGCCUGUGGACGCGCCUGUCAUCUGGAGGAAACUCCUCCCCGCAGACAGCGCGUCCUGUCGCCUUCCCAGCGCAAUGGUCUCCUGGAUCAUCUCUAGACUUGUGGUACUUGUUUUUGGUACUCUAUAUCCUGCUUACUCGUCUUAUAAGGCUGUGAAGACAAAAGAUGUGAGAGAAUAUGUGAAAUGGAUGAUGUACUGGAUAAUAUUCGCCCUUUUUACUACAGUGGAGGUGUUUACAGAUAUGUUUCUUUGUUGGCUUCCUUUCUACUACGAGCUGAAGAUAGCCUUCGUUGUGUGGCUCCUGUCGCCGUACACCAAGGGCUCCAGUGUGCUGUACAGGAAGUUCGUCCAUCCCACGCUUUCCUCAAAAGAAAAGGACAUCGAUGAGUACAUCUGCCAAGCAAAAGACAAAAGCUACGACACAUUGGUGCAUUUUGGGAGGAAAGGACUGAAUGUUGCAGCCACAGCUGCAGUUAUGGCUGCUGCAAAGGGUCAAGGUGUUCUGUCGGACAGAUUACGGAGUUUCAGCAUGCAGGAUCUGUCGUCCUACCAGUCUGACCCGAACCAGACCGGACCCAGCGCCGCCCAGCCCGCCGCAGCUCAGCACCGAACCAGACCCAUCAUCCGCAGCAAGUCAGAGAGCCACAAGGAUUUUGACAUGAAUGAGUAUGAGGUUCUGGGCUUGGAGCAGUUGGACUCCGCAGAGUUUCUGGCUUUGCCCCAGUCCGGCCCGCUCUCCGCUCCCGCUCCGCCCGCCAGUCCUGCAGCUCAGGAGCAGACUGAGGAAGGGCCGGGGAAGGAGGUGCAGGCCACGUCGAGCUCCCCGCAGCUCAGGAUGAGCAAGAGGAGAGCUCCGGAGGUACGCAGCCUGCCUCCUCUUAGAGUCCUGAGGCCUCUCACAAGAUCCAGGAGUGCUCUUUCUUCAAACAACGAAGCCAUGUGAAGCCGUCUCCUCCAGCUGCCUUCGCUGCAACGAGUAAAAAUACCGAAUGGCCAGAAGCUCCACGACUGAAGCAGCCCUGCUUUGAAAUGCCGUUUUACCAAAGUGACCUACGAAGACCCCUAAUUCACAGCAUAUAUAUAUAUAUAUAUAUAUAUAUAUAUAUAUAUAUAUAUAUAUAUAUAUAUAUAUAUAUAUAUAUAUAUAUAUAUAUAAACCCCAGUGGCUCAUGAUGUUAAGAGGAACGAGGUUUGGUCGCUCCAUGUUGACAGACACUUUGCAUUUAAAUAUGUAUUUAUGUACAGUUUGCGUACUUAAUCUCAUGCUUUUGGUUGUUUUUAUAUAUCAGAGGUGGUUGCAUGUGUGUUCCUCGUCAUUGGUCUUAGUUUUUACGAAUGUAUUUUAGAGGAAAUCAUCACCAUGGAGAAGGAAUGAGACUCAAGCCGAGGACUCAAACAAAACACUGCUUUUGUUUUGUUUUAUUUAUUGUGAUUCACGAAAUUAUCCAUGCUUUCAUCGUCCACUUAUCAGACGUUUACCUCUCUCUAUUUCUUUCUCUCUCUGUGGGCCUUAAAGAAACAGAAACCCAAACUUAUUUGCACUAUGUCAAUAAUAUACAUCACUGCCCUCAGACAAAGUUGUGGCUCAGUUUUCUUAUCAACUAUUAUUUUUAAGAGUUUGAUUUCUUCCGUCUGUGCUUCACUACAAUCACUUUGGUUUCUAAAGACUGAAUAUUUCUUAAAAGAUUUAAAAAUUUAAAGGUGACUUAUUAUGAAAGAUUCACAUUUUGCACGUUUUUAUACUUCCAUUUGAGUCUCUACUGCUUCUAAAAAGAAAAAAAACACUCUGCCAUUUUUUGGCAAUAACUUAAUAUUUUUUGGUGUGUGGAAAAGGAGCAGUUUCAAAAACGUCCCCAUUUUUAAGUCACAUUUGCGCCACGUUGUUACCUAGCAACCCUAGCCAAGCCCAGCCCUGUCACCUAGCAACCCCAACCAAGCCCAGCCCUGUUACCUGGCAAUCCCAGCCAAGCCCAGCCCUGUCACCUGGCAACCCCAGCCAAGCCCAGCCCUGUCACCUAGCAACCCCAGCCAAGCCCAGCCCUGUUACCUGGCAACCCCAGCAGAACUCCAGACUAAAAACUCAUAUUUUCAGAAUGAUUACAUGAUACAUGUUUUGUGUCGCCCAUAGAUCUAUCCUAACCUAUUCAAGUAAGCAUAAUAGGUCACCUUUAAGGCUGAAAACUGCUAAAUGAAGUGAAUUUUUAUGUUUGAAAUCACUUAUUGCUGUUGACUGAGCAGCUCUGCACACUCUGGUUGUUCCUCCUGGUGACCUGAGCCGCUUUUUGUUGUAGUUUAUUCACUGAGCCCGAACCUGAUUUUCACUGUGUUGGUGUGCAGUAAUCUUACAUGGUUGCAUCUGUAUCUUUUACGGUGGUAAAAGAAGAAAAAAACUCAGAAGCUUCUCAGGUACAACUGUUCUGUUUACAUCAUUUACUCUGAUAUUGUAGAUAUACUUAUUAUGCACAUUAAACUGUUCUUUCAGUGGAUUAAAUUGUGGAAAAGAAGCAGGAUGUUUCUAAUCACGUGUCAGUGCAGUCAGUGAUAGUGUUGGAGGUGAUUUCCAUACAUUAAAUUUAAUGCUCAAGCUUUCUGCAUGAUAUUAAUUUUUAUGAACAUUUGAUGAUUUUAUGUGAAGCCACUCUGGUUUAGUUUCUCUGUAGACACAUAAAAUAUAACGUAUUUGGUUGUACUACCGAAAAAUCAGCUUUCUCAGACAUUUAGUCAUGUGAAAAAAUGAGGACACCCCCAAAAAUUAUUUCUUUGCUCUAAAAGAAGAAAAAGUACAUUGUUUUACAUAAUAAACACAGGAAAAAAUCCCACAGGAGCUCAAUGAGACCCAGAUCUGGGCCAACUUGCUUCAUUACAUUCAAUUCCUUUGUUUCCAGUCAUUUCGUUGUGAAUUUCCCGGCAUGUUUUGGGCCAUUUUCAGGUUUAAAAUGGCUCUACUUUAAAUUUUUCAUGAUGAAUUUCUUUAGAUUGAGCCGGACAUUUGGUUUGCGCCAAAAAUGUCCUCUGUUCUUGUAUCUGAAUACAAGGUUUCAGCUGGUUUCAAAAACUCAAAUUUAACACUGUUAUGAUUGGAAUUUAAUUUUAGUAUUGUGACAGAAAUGUGCGGACGUCGUCCAGCCAAUAAAUUUGCAUCUACCUAUGAUCGCCACAAAAAGCUAGCUACUUAGCUAGCGAAGAUAUGCUAGCAGUGAGAUGUCGCUAACUACAACCGUUACAUAACGUGUUCAUAUUGCUUUUAAUAUCAACAGUAGCAAGAUCCUGCUGUAGAUUCUGAGAGGUUUUUGAAGACUUAUUUUAGCAUCUUGGAAAAAAGUCCGAUUAGACCUUCUUUUAGUGUUGUAGUUUGACCGUCACCCAGAAUAAGGCGGCGCUGGUCAUUGGAGCAGCGGAGCCGUUAAUACAGAAACAAAGAUGGCGGGCAAAGCAAAUUGGGGGGAAAAACGGUCCUAACAGAGUCCGGUGUGGGAUAAAGAAAGUAUUUUAUGUGGUAGUUUUAAAAUAUAAACAAUCAAUGAGCUUCUUAAGUUUAACAUCAACAGUGCUUAUUCAGCCGAACUGCAUGACGGACAGCGUAUAAUAAAAGAAAUUGCCACCAUACUCUUGAUAAAAGGGAAAACUCAGGUCUUUACGAAAAUGACAGCUUAUGAAUUAAUCAUUAGUAGAUUAGGAUCAAUCAACUUUAGACUAACUCAACUGAUCACUGAUCAGACCUCUUCCCUAUCAAACUUACCAGCGCUUUCAUUUAAUAUUUAUUUUUCUAUAUUGAUAACCCUGGUUAAUAUCUAAAUGUCCCAAAAUUAAAUAUUAGCAAGCACAGGCUUUAGCAGGUUGUCCUAAUUUAUUCACGACUGUAAAUCCAAUUCAGUCCUUCAAUUUUUCUGGCAGGCCAGAAUGAAACAUUUCUUCAGUAACUAAUUGAUGUCAACUCAAAGUAAAAAGCAAAGUUGUGAUGACAUAAUUCAUAACUGUUGAUUUAUGACUCCAAACAACUUCAUACACAAUAAUAAAAAAAAAUAGCACA